AUGAAUUAGUGAAUAAUAUAUUAAAAGUAAUAGAUGAUAAAGCAAUUGUUAUUUUUUUGAAUAAAUUUGGAAAGGAUUAGUAAUAAUUGUAGAUUUGAAUACAUAAUGGUAAUAAGAUCAUUUUCAAUCUGUUGUUGAUAUCUUAAUAGAAAGCUAUAAGGAAAGAUUAGAAAAAAUGAAAAAUGAUUAUAAAUAAUAAGAAGAAAAAUAUCAAAUGUAAUUAAGAGGCUAUUAAUUAAAACUUACAAUUGAAUAAAAGAUGAAAGCUUAAUUAAGAGAAGAGAAUUAUAAAAUUUGUUAGUAAUAUAUUCAUUUAGAGGACCAAAUGAAUGAAUUUAAUAAUAAUGAACAUGCUAAAGGAGAUCUUUAAAAUAUUAAUCUAAAAUUACAUGAAAUAGAUUUAAAUUUUAUAAGAUUCAAUAAAGAUAUAUAUGAAUCUCAUUAACAAGCAGUAAUUAGCUAAGUUAUUAACUGUUAAACCAAAUUUACCAAAAUCAUUUAUACAAUAAAAAUAUGA